AUGUCUUCCGCCGGUCGCCAGGACUUCACCGACAAGGUCGGAGCUGCUGUCAAGCCCGACAGUCAGAAGAGCUACGUAGAGCAAGCCACCGACUUCGUCAAGGGCAAGCUUGACGCUGCUGCCUCCGUUGCCCAGCCCGAGCACGAGAAGUCGACCACCCAGAAGAUCGGUGACGCCGUGACUGGUGACAACAAGAACAAGAACCUUGUUUAA